AUGAUGAUCAGGAGGACGCCUGUAAAAUUGAAGCCAUUUUUUACUAUAGCAGCUUUGUUUCUCAUUUUAUCAACCGGCUUUUCACUUUCUCAUGGACAGAAUGAGAAUGGUGAUCUGCCAUCCGAAGAUGAUUCUCCAGGAAUUAUGAGCUUGGUGACGGUGAAAAUGGAAGAAGCUGGACCAGGAAAUGGAAGUUUCAUAUUAGCUGAGAAACAGACAUACAGGAAGGAUCCUCUAGACAAUUUUAAUUAUUAUACAGGUGGAUGGAAUAUUGCUAACGUACAUUACCUGGCUUCAGUUGCUUAUAGUUCUGCUCCUUUCGCCGCCAUUGCUAUAGUCUGGUUCGUGCUGUUUGGUCUAUUUCUGUUAUGUACUUGUAUUUGUUCCUGCUGCUGCUGCCGCCGCAAGAAGCCCUAUGGUUAUUCUCGACUUGCUUAUGCACUUUCUCUCAUCUUUCUCAUACUUUUCACCAUUGCUGCAAUUGUUGGAUGUGCAAUAAUGUACACUGGAGAGGGAAGAUUCCAGGGCAGCGUAAACGGUGUAACAAAUUACAUCGUGAAUCAAGCAAUAAGUGUCGUCAAUAAUCUUAUAAGCGUGUACAAUUAUCUUUCAUCAGCCAAGAAUAUCGUUUUGAACCAACAUUUUCUACCUCCUAAUCUCAUAACCGAGAUCGACAAGGUCAAGUCGCUAAUCAAUGCCACAGGAAACAUUCCUCAUAUCAAAUCCGCUCACAUUACAGAUUCCAUGCUAAACAUUCUUAACCCCGUGAACGUUGCUCUUAUCACUAUUACUGUUUUCCUGCUCCUAUUGGCAUUUCUCGGAUUCUUAUUUUCGAUUCUUGGCAUGCAAUCUUGUGUGCAUCUAUUCGUGGUCAUAGGGUGGAUUGUUAUCACACUCACAUAUAUCUUGUGUGGCAUAUUUCUGGUUUUUCACAACAUAGUGGCAGAUACAUGCGUUGCAAUGGACGAAUGGGUCCAAAACCCCAUGGCCAAUUCAUCAAUGAAGGAACUUAUCCCUUGUUGGGACAGGGAAUUUGGCCAAAAUGUCUUGGACGCAAGCAGAUCAGUAACCACUGGAGUUAAUGGUAUUCUGAACCAGUACAUUGUCGCUGUAGCCAACAACGAAACCCUUAUACCUUCACAAGCAGUACCUGUUUAUCACAAUCAAUCUGGUCCGUUAGUACCCGUCAUCUGUGACCCAUACACAAAAGGUGACACUCGACAGAGCUGCGGUGUGGGUGAAGUAGCCUUGAGCAAUGCAGCCGAGGUAAAAAAGCCUAGAAGCUUAAGCUGUUUUGCAGCUUCAAAACCUGUCCAAUUUUUUACGUGAUUUAUUAGGUUUCAUGCAGGAAUGGAAGAAAUAUGUAUGUCAAGUAUCAGCAGCUGGUAUUUGCACCACAGCAGGCCGCCUGACCCCUGACAUGUACAUCCAGAUGAGUUCAGCUGUUAAUGUAAGCUUCGGAUUGUACAAUUAUAGCCCCUUCCUUGCUAGUGUAGUGGACUGCACCGUGAUCCGAGACACUUUCAAAGACAUUAAUGAGAAUCAUUGUCCAGGGCUGAGGAGAUACAGUCAAUGGGUCUAUAUUGGUUUGGUAACUGCUACAGGUUCGGUGAUGUUUUCUUUGAUCUUUUGGGUGUUGUACGCUAGAGAAAGGCGGCACCGGAAUUAUACCAAAAGGAUCAAUAA